UCGAUGAAUUACUGAAAAAAGUGACUUUGUUUGUGCUCUCUCUCUCUCUCUCUCUCAUCGGACUUGUUGAUGAAAAGCUUUUCUUGUCGUGUUCCGCCACUCGAAUUACGAUCUCGGACUUAGCUUUUGUUGUUAGGGUUUUCAACUCACUUCACAUCGAUAUUAUAUUUAUAUAUAUUCGCGUAUACGGCUGUGUGGAAGGAGAAAUUGUUCGGGGAGAUGGAUAAUUGCUCGAGAUCGGUGGCGUCGGAGAUGCAGACGUGCGAUUUCUGCAACGAGAAAGCUGCUGUGCUGUACUGUAAGGCGGAUUCGGCGAAGCUCUGUUUGUUCUGCGACCAGCACGUCCACUCCGCGAACGCGCUCUCUCUCAAGCACGUCCGCGCUCAGAUCUGCGACAAUUGCAGAUCGGAGGUGGUUUCGGUCCGAUGUUCCACGGACAAUGUCGUGCUGUGCAGCGAAUGCGAUUGGGACUCCCAUGGGAGCUGCGCAGUCUCGGCUUUGCACGACCGCGUGCCGGUGGAAGGGUUCUCGGGAUGUCCGUCGGCCGGCGAGCUCGCUUCUGCUUGGGGAUUUGAUUUGGAGCCUCUCAAAUCGGUGGAUUCGGGUGAGUAUUCCGCGGCCUUGGAUUUUCAGGAUUUGAUGGCGAUACCCAAGGAGGGCCCUGGUUUUGACACCGUUCCGAGCUUUGACAUUCCGGGGACGUCGAAGCUGAGGAAGUCGUGUUACAGGAAGUACAAGAACGUGGUGUAUAUGCAGCUGGUGGAGUUGGCGAAGAGGCAAAUGAUGGUCAGGGCGGAUGGAGAUGGGGCUGAACUGGGACCAAAGACGCCGAAUCGAUCCGGCCAGCAUGGGAAUUUGGCGAGUCUUGAAUUUGAUAAAGGGGACGAUAGGGAAUUGCUGCAGCAACAGCAAACCCCUUUUACGUCUCUGCUUAUGUUGCCAACACCUAUGGAUUCCAGAGAGAGCGCUUGUGUCACCGAAGUUGAUAACAUGUGGAACUGUAAUACCACAUAUCAAGCGCGGCAGAUUUGGGAUUUUCAUUCAGGAAGAUCAAGGGAUUGUGAAGAAUCUGACUGGUUGAAGAUUGAGUUUGAUCCAGAGAAUUCUGGCUUUUUGAUUGAGACCUAUGAUGACAUUAUCAACAGAACUUCUUUGGCAGCAACAGAAAUAUUAGAAGAUAUGCUUGACAUUAAUUUCUCUACAACUUAUGAGGGCAUGCCAUCACAAAAGAAUCAGUCAAAGCGCCUGCCAUCAAGCUGUGGACCGGCUGAAGGACAAUGCAGAAGUGUACUUAUGCCAGAAUCUAGUUUGUAUGAACUGAAUACAUACAACAACAUCAGCAGCAUGCAGUUUGAAGAACAUCAUCUUCUGUCUGGAGCUGGACAAAUGGCAGUACCCAACAACAUUGACAUGGAGCUGAUGGCACAGAAUAGAGGCAACGCAAUGAGGCGGUACCAAGAGAAAAAGAAAUCUCGAAGAUUUGAUAAGCAUAUCCGAUACGAGUCGAGGAAGGCCAGAGCCGACAGUAGAAAGCGAGUGAAGGGCCGAUUCGUGAAAGCAAGCGAAAUGCCUGAAAUUAAAAACAGCUGCUGAAGUUAUUCCAGGUGUUGCCCACCUUGAGCUCUAUGCGUGCAUUAUGCCAACAAAGAGUUAUAGCUGAGGUAGCUAAGAUACUCGGUGGUUGUUCAUUUAGAAUUUUCUCUUUGGGGCUGCCUCUGCUUGUAAACUUGUACAUAGUUCCUACGUAGUAUUUCCGAGUAUUGAUUUUCUUGAUCUGUUAUUUCGUCAGCAGUAAUCAGAAUGGUACAAUUUUAUUUUAUUUUUUUUGUCAUUUUCUGUUGGGUUUUUGGAUCAUGGGGGGGAGGGAUGGAUGGAUAAAAAAGAUGGCUUCAUACGUGGAUGGAUCUGUUCAGUAAUAAUGGAAAGACGUUGGAGAUGCGAUGUCCUUUUGUC